GGGACUGGACCCCAAGGGGACAGCGUUGCAUGAGCCCCCAGUAGGAACAGGAAUGUAGGACGGGACAGAGCACUUGGCGUGUUUCCUGUUAUAGAGCUGCGUCGCGCUCCGAGAAGCGAGUUCUCAGUUCUCGUGCCUGGGCGCCGGUCGAAUCAAGCGCAGUCCUCGAGUGGCCGCGCCGCGACGACACAGUUUAUGAGCAGAGCAGAAUCGGUCGAGCGCAAGGCUAGAAUUUGCGAGCGAUCAUUCUCUGUCGAGAGUGCGUGACAGGGAUGGGCAGUAUGAAGAUACCGCGCCGGCUGGAAGGCAAAGUGGCCGUGGUCACAGCCUCCUCGGCUGGGAUCGGAUUCGGAAUUGCCGAGCGAUUGGGUCUCGAGGGCGCUUCUGUGGUCAUUUCGUCGCGCAAGCAGAAAAAUGUUGAUGACGCUGCAGCGCAGUUGCGGAUGAAGGGGAUUGAUGUAAUCGGGGUGGUGUGCCAUGUAAACAAUGCCGAUCAGAGGAAGAAUCUCAUCAAGACCACCAUGGAAAAAUAUGGUCGGUUGGAUUUUCUCGUAUCGAAUGCAGCAGCUAAUCCGUCCGUCGACUCCAUCACAACAAUGGCUGAACCAGUUCUUGAUAAGCUUUGGGCAACGAAUGUCAAAGCUGGAAUUCUGUUGGUUCAGGAUGCUGUUCCUUACAUGAAGAAGGGAUCAUCAAUCGUCUUUAUUUCUUCCAUUGCCGGCUUCAACCCCAUAGCAGCUGGACUCCAAAUGUACGCUGUUACGAAGACCGCCCUCCUUGGUUUGACGAAGGCUUUGGCUGCUGAACUUGGUCCUGAAAUAAGAGUGAACUGCGUUUGCCCUGGUUUUGUGCCUACUCACUUCGCCGAUUUUCUCAUCAGAGACGAGGAGCUUAAGAAGGAGCAUGAAGGGGCGACAAUAAUGAACAGGUUGGGUACAACAAGUGAUAUGGCUGCUGCGGUGGCGUAUCUAGUGUCCGACGAUGCAUCCUAUGUGACAGGUGAAAAUCUUGCUGUUGCAGGAGGGAUGCCGUCCAGACUAUAGACAUUCUGCACUCUUUGUCAUUUGUACAGGUGAACGCUGUUCCUCAUACUGGAGCUCAACUGUUCUCGUGAAAGGAAAUGCCUUUCAUAUCAAGAACUUACAGAGUCGCUUGUCGUUGAUUCUGUAAGUUCUGUGAGCACGAAACCCAUCAUGAUGAUAGAUUCGUCAUGCGGGGCGUGUCUUGCCUUUAAUGAAGACCAUGCACAGAGUUCAGAACUCAUGCUUAUUUAACAAGGUAGCCGACCACGAGGUCUGCUUACGAACAACGGUCCUUUCCACCAAGCCGUUUUGUAGCAGGUAACCAUGUCACAAAUACCACACGAUUGUUGUUCAUUUGCUGCUUGUAGUGCACAACGCAUAACAAGGUUUAAAUUGAAAGAAGACCGAGGCAAGGUAUAUAGAACAAAAAGGAUGGGUAGACCUAAUCAUGCAACACAUGGAUGAAAUCAAAGCAGUAAGAUUGGGCUAGGCCUCAACGAAAUUAUGUCCUAGUGCUUCCAAGAAAUAUUGAUUAUCUUGCUUAAAAGGUCUAGGAACAACGUUUUCAGUAAAAAAUGAAUCG